AAUUUUGGUAUUCAUUCAAGUCUUCGCUCUCUGAGAAGCAUUCUCUAGAACAGGAACAACAAAGAAAAUACUUGUGGUAUCUUUAGCUAGCUAUAAAUACCACAAGUUCUCCAACCAUACCAAGGCAGAAAAUCCUAAAUAAAUUAUAUUAAGCUCCCACUUCAGAGUUUCUGGUGUCUGUUCUCAAUCCCAAACCAUGGUGCUCGCAAAAAUUGCUUCGCAGUCCGAUGUCUCUGUGCACUCUACGUUCGCCUCUCGCUACGUCCGAGAGUCCCUUCCAAGGUACAAGAUGCCGGAGAACUCGAUACCAAAGGAGGCAGCGUUCCAGAUCAUAAACGAUGAGCUGAUGCUUGAUGGGAACCCAAGGCUGAACCUGGCAUCUUUUGUCACUACUUGGAUGGAGCCUGAAUGUGAUAAGCUUAUUAUGGACUCCAUCAACAAAAACUAUGUUGACAUGGACGAGUACCCUGUUACCACUGAGCUUCAGAAUCGUUGUGUGAAUAUUAUAGCACACCUAUUCAAUGCUCCGUUGGGGGAAUCCGAGGCUGCAGUCGGGGUCGGUACUGUAGGUUCAUCGGAGGCAAUAAUGCUGGCAGGGCUUGCAUUCAAGAGAAAGUGGCAGAAUAAGCGCAAGGCCGAAGGGAAACCUUACGACAACCCUAACAUUGUCACUGGUGCCAAUGUCCAGGUAUGCUGGGAGAAAUUUGCAAGGUACUUCGAGGUAGAACUGAAGGAGGUGAAGCUGACCGAGGACUACUACGUCAUGGACCCUGUGAAAGCCGCGGAAAUGGUAGAUGAGAACACAAUCUGUGUUGCAGCCAUCUUGGGUUCUACACUCAAUGGAGAAUUUGAAGAUGUCAAGCUCUUAAACGAUCUUUUGGUUGAAAAGAACAGAAUCACAGGGUGGGAUACCCCUAUUCAUGUCGAUGCAGCUAGUGGUGGAUUUAUUGCACCAUUCCUGUGGCCGGACCUUGAAUGGGAUUUCAGACUCCCGUUAGUGAAGAGCAUUAAUGUCAGUGGCCACAAAUAUGGCCUUGUCUAUGCUGGAGUUGGGUGGGUUAUUUGGAGGAGCAAGGAAGACUUGCCAGAAGAACUCAUUUUCCACAUAAACUACCUUGGAACGGAUCAACCCACUUUCACUCUCAACUUCUCAAAAGGUUCUAGUCAAAUUAUUGCUCAGUACUACCAACUAAUCCGCUUGGGCUAUGAGGGGUACCGAAAUGUGAUGGAGAAUUGCCAUGAAAAUGCUAUGAUGCUGAAAGAAGGACUGGAGAAAACAGGGCGCUUUAAGAUUGUGUCAAAAGACAUUGGAGUACCUCUUGUGGCCUUUUCACUCUUGGACAAAAGCUGGGGGCACGACGAGUUUGAAAUCGCAGAAACGCUACGUCGCUUUGGUUGGAUUGUGCCCGCCUACACCAUGCCAGCAGAUGCUAAGCACAUAACCGUCCUUCGUGUUGUUAUCAGAGAAGAUUUCUCCCGCACCCUUGCUGAGCGACUUGUGCUUGACAUAACGAAGGUUAUGCACGAGCUUGAUUCACUUCCUGCAAAACUCCCGGCUAAAGUUUCUGUCAAGAGUGAAGAGAAUGGAAAGAUUAAUGACACCGAGGCAGGAAAGAAUGGCACUACUGUGGUAAAGAAAACAGCCACUGAAACACAAAGGGAAAUCACUACUUACUGGAGAAACUUUGUCACGGCCAAGAAAUCCAACAGAAAUAAAAUUUGUUAGAGCUGCUUAGCUAUAAUAUUGAUUGAAAGAGAACCCUUCUCAAAUUUUUUAUUUUUUAUUUUUUA